AUGGAGAGCGGCGGCGGAUGUGGUGGUGGUGCUGCAGGAGGGCGGAGCUGUUCAACGGCGGGGAACAAAAGGAAAAACGAGAAGCCAUAUAAAGGCAUAAGGAUGCGUAAAUGGGGAAAGUGGGUGGCGGAGAUAAGAGAACCAAAUAAAAGAUCAAGAAUUUGGCUGGGAUCUUAUUCCACAGCCGUGGCGGCGGCGAGAGCCUAUGACACCGCCGUGUACUAUCUACGGGGUCCGUCUGCUAAGCUGAAUUUCCCAGAUGAAAUCGCCGCCGUCGGACUCAAAGACCUGUCCUCGGCGGCGAUACGCCAAUUGGCAGCGGAGGUUGGCGCCAAAGUUGAUGCACUUCAAUGUAAUUCCAUUAAUGGCACACAAUCGAAGGACCAUGCAAAUCCGUCUUUGCAACCUUCUUGGUUUCAAGAGAAGGUUGACUUGAACCAGAAGCCCAAGCCCGAAUCCGAUGAUCCAAGUCUUGAUUACUGGUGA